CCUUAUCACACGGCCCGAAAUCCAAAAUAUUUGCAAUUUCUAAUCGCAGUUCAUUUCCAACGCUUCUCGUUGAAAGCCACGAUAGUCCAAUAUCACUCAGUAAUCUGACAGAGUGCCUUCAACAAUGUUCGAUUGUUUAGCGAACUUCUUAUUAUUUAUAGGUGUAUAUGCAUUUGGUUGCUAUCUUUAUGAUAAUCUCAAAUCGCCAUACAUAAUAAUUCGGGACUAUGUGAAUGAAAAGUAUUUUGGUGAAAAACAGAAACGUUUAGUUGAAAGGUUUGGUGAAUGGGCAGUUAUUACUGGUUCAACAGAUGGCAUUGGUAAAUAUUAUGCCAGAGAACUGGCACGAGAAGGCUUUAAUGUAGUUCUCAUAUCCAGAACAAAAUCGAAGUUAGAAGCUGUAGCAAGUGAAAUUGAAAAAGAGUUCGCAGUGCAAGUGAAAAUAAUUGUCGCGGACUUUUCUCAUGGUGCUGAGAUAUACAAAAGUAUUGAAGAAACCUUGGAUAAUAUUCCAAUAGGAUUAUUGGUGAAUAAUGUUGGGCAGAGCACAUCUAAGCCCGGACCAAUGUGUUCUUUCAGUGCAGAAGAACUAUGGAGUGUUAUCAAUGUAAAUAUCGGUGCAGUUACAGAGUUAUCACGUUACUUUCUACUACGCAUGCAAAAGUCUAAUAUAAAAGGAGCAAUCGUGAAUAUAUCUUCUGGAUCAGAAUUGUGUCCAUUACCUUAUGCUGCUAUAUAUGCAGCUACGAAAGCAUAUAAUCGUAGUUUGACUUUGGCACUUCAAUAUGAGGCCAGUCGUUAUGGCAUACACGUCCAAUUAGUGUCUCCACAUUUUGUUGUCACAAAAAUAAAUUCAUACUCUAGAGUUAUAAUGCGUGGUGGCUUGUUUAUACCAGAUCCAGAGAAAUACGCUCGUUGGGCAGUUUCGACUAUAGGUCGCGUUGAAAUGACUUCUGGCUAUUUUUGGCAUGGAAUACAAUGUGCCAUAGGAAAACUUUUUCCAGUCAGUCUUUGCACAUAUAUCAUUCAAUUGUUUGCUCCUAAGAUUGUGGACGAUUUAAAAAUAAAUUAAGUACAAGAUUUUUUAAAAAUAUAUUAACAA